AUGCUUCGAUUUAAUAAAUAUUUUCAUACUAAAACUACUUUUAAUUUUUCAAGAACAUGUUCAACCACUGUACCAUUACAUCCAGAAUGGACUGAAAUGGCUAGAAAACAAUUAAAAGGAAAAGAUCCUGAAUCAUUAGUAUGGCAUACUAGUGAAGGUAUCAAUAUUAAACCAUUAUAUACACUUCAAGAUCGUCAAAAUGAUUUUAAAAAUAAUAAUGUUGAGUUACCGGGACAAUUUCCUUAUACAAGAGGACCAUAUCCUACUAUGUAUACACAAAGACCAUGGACUAUUAGACAAUAUGCAGGAUUUUCAACUGUAGAAGAAUCUAAUAAAUUUUAUAAAGAAAAUAUUAAGGCAGGUCAACAAGGAGUUUCAGUAGCUUUUGAUUUACCAACUCAUAGAGGAUAUGAUUCUGAUAAUCCACGUGUUUUUGGUGAUGUUGGUAUGGCUGGUGUAGCAGUAGAUUCAGUUGAAGAUAUGAAAGCUCUUUUUGAUGGAAUUCCUCUUGAUAAAAUAUCUGUUUCUAUGACUAUGAAUGGUGCUGUUAUUCCAGUUUUAGCUAUGUAUAUUGUUGCAGCUGAAGAAAGUGGAGUAGAACAAAAAUUAUUAGCAGGAACAAUUCAAAAUGAUAUAUUAAAAGAAUUUAUGGUUAGAAAUACAUAUAUAUAUCCACCAGAACCAUCAAUGAGAAUUAUUGCAGAUAUAUUUGCUUAUACUGCUAAACAUAUGCCUAAAUUUAAUUCUAUUUCUAUUUCUGGAUAUCAUAUACAAGAAGCUGGUGCUGAUGCAGCUUUAGAAUUAGCCUUUACUAUUGCUGAUGGUUUACAAUAUUGUCAAACUGGUUUAGAUGCUGGAUUAAAUAUUGAUCAAUUUGCCCCAAGACUCUCUUUCUUCUGGGGUAUAUCAAUGAAUUUUUAUAUGGAAAUUGCCAAAAUGAGAGCUGCUAGAAAAUUAUGGGCACAUUUAGUCAAAGAAAGAUUUAAUCCAAAAAAUCCACGUUCUACUAUGUUAAGAACACAUUCACAAACUUCUGGAUGGUCUUUAACUGCUCAAGAUCCAUAUAAUAAUAUUAUUAGAACAACAAUUGAAGCUAUGGCUUCAAUAUUUGGAGGUACACAAUCACUUCAUACAAAUGCUUUUGAUGAAGCUGUAUGCCUACCAACAAGACAUUCUGCUCGUAUUGCCAGAAAUACACAAAUUAUUUUACAAGAAGAAACUGGAAUUUGUAAAGUAGCAGAUCCAUGGGGUGGUUCAUAUAUGAUGGAAAGUUUAACUGAAGAAUUAUACAAUAAGGCGUAUAAUAUUAUUAAAGAAAUUGAUGAGAUGGGAGGUAUGGCUAAAGCUGUCUCAAGUGGAAUGCCAAAAUUACGUAUUGAAGAAGCAGCUGCUAAAAAACAAGCUAAAAUAGAUAAAGGUGAUGAAGUUAUUGUUGGUGUUAAUAAAUAUAAACUUGAAAAAGAAGAUCCAAUUGAAGUUCUUCAUAUUGAUAAUAAAAAAGUUAGAGAACAACAAUGUGCUAAACUUAAACAUAUAAGAGAAACUAGAGAUAAAAAAAGAGCUGAAGCUGCUAUUCAAAAAAUAAAAGAUUGCUGUAAAAAUGGUGAAAAUCUUAUGGAAGCUGCUGUUGAAGCAGCUCGUGCAAGAGUAACAGUUGGAGAGAUGAGUGAUGCUAUGGAAAGUGUUUUUUCACGUUAUGCUGCAACAACUAAAAUGAUUUCUGGAGCAUAUAUUAGUAGUUAUGGUGAGUCAAACGAAGUAGAAUCUGUAAUAAAAAGAGUAUCAAAGUUUGCUGAGAAAGAGGGACGCCAACCAAGAAUAAUGGUUGCUAAACUUGGUCAAGAUGGUCAUGAUAGAGGAGCAAAAAUUGUAGCUACAGGUUUUGCUGAUCUUGGUUUUGAUGUUGAUGUUGGACCACUUUUCCAAACUCCAAAAGAGGCAGCCCAACAAGCUGUAGAUGCUGAUGUUCAUAUUAUUGGAGCAAGUAGUUUAGCUGCUGGUCAUUUAACAUUGGUUCCACAAUUAGUAGGAGAAUUAAAAAAAUUAGGUCGUGAGGAUAUUAUGGUAAUAACAGGAGGUGUUAUUCCUGUUCAAGAUUAUGAUGCCUUAUACAAAUCUGGUGUUGCUUGUGUCUUUGGACCUGGAACAAGACUACCUGACUGUGCAAAUGAAAUUUUGGACAAAUUAGAAGCAAAAGCUGUAUAA